CAUUAAAAGAGAGUAAAUAGGGUGAAUGUCAUUAGUCAAAAUUACAUAAUAAUUAGGUAUGUACCAGUUUUUCAAAAAUUAUGUCAGCAUCAAAUCAAUUAACCAAUUUUUUUACUUUUUACUAAAACGAAUCCGAAAACCUUUCUAAAUCAAUCAAAAUUGAAGAAAAUCAAUAAGACUUGAUGUCCGAAAAGCGCGCAUAUUUCGGGAGAAAAGAGGAGGGAGGUUAGUUGUUAGUGAAAUUACCUGCCAAUUUUCGGUGCCAAACGAAGGAAAUUUUACAAUUUUCGAAAUAAAAAAAUAAUACAUUAUGCCAGAUCAGAAACAAAAAAGACUUCCUCGAUGGUACUUUGGAGGCAUCUCGUCAGCUUUAGCCGCAUGUGUAACUCAUCCUUUGGACCUGUUAAAAGUACAACUUCAAACACAGCAAGAGGGCAAAUUGAGUCUCGGCAAAUUAACAGUGCACAUUAUAAAAACCGAAGGUGUUUUCGCUCUCUACAAUGGUCUCUCAGCCUCUCUAACAAGACAACUCACCUACUCCACGACGCGUUUCGGUAUUUACGAAGUUCUAAAGCAAAAAUACAAUCCGGACACUUUCGGAGCUAAAGUAGCGAUAGCAGUAGGCGCAGGUGCUUGUGGUGGGUUAGUUGGUACCCCUGCUGAUAUGGUCAAUGUUCGUAUGCAAAACGACAGUAAAUUGCCAAAAGAUAAACGGAGGAAUUACAAAAACAUUUUCGACGGACUAUGGCGUGUCUAUAAAGAAGAAGGCGUAAGAAGAUUAUUUAACGGAGCUUCUACAGCUACAACAAGAGCAAUUUUCAUGACGAUCGGCCAAUUGUCGUUCUACGAUCAAGUCAAAAUACUUCUAGUCAACUCAGGAGUGUUCAAAGACAACCUGAUCACGCACUUUUUAGCCAGCCUGACCGCGGGUGCUAUAGCCACAUCUCUAACGCAGCCCUUGGACGUGCUAAAAACUCGCGCGAUGAACGCAAAACCGGGCGAGUACUCGUCCCUUUGGGCCAUCGUCGUGCACACAUCCAAGUUGGGUCCCAUGGGAUUUUUCAAGGGCUACGUGCCAGCGUUUGUCCGGCUCGCGCCCCAAACCAUAUGCACUUUUGUGUUUUUGGAACAGAUGCGUUUACAUCUGGGUGUCGAGCCGCAACAGAUUGCGCAGCAUUAGUUGAUGCUCGGAAUUGUUUUUUAUUUUCAUUCCAACUGUAAAUGUCAAGAUCUUAUAUUAGGAAUUCCAGUAGGAGCAAAUAUUUAUUUUUUUUAAUUUGGUUUUUUGAUACAUUAUAGUAAAUGUGAUUAGUAUUUCUACUUUUUCAAUUGGAAUAUGUUACUAAAUCCAAUUGAAUUCUAUAAAAAAAUAUUUUUGUUAAAGGUAUUUGACAAUAAGAUACAUGUUAUUAUGUUUUGUUUGCAAUAAAUAUAUUUAUUAAAAUAAGAUAGGU